AUGACUGACCAGCUGACUAAGGAGCAGAUUGCAGAGUUCAAGGAGGCCUUUUCCCUGUUUGAUAAGGAUGGCAAUGGGACCAUCAUCACCAAGGAGUUGGGUACAGUGAUGCAGUCCCUGAGUCAGAACCUGAUUGAGGCCAAGCUCCAAGAUAUGAUCAAUGAGGUGGAUGCAGAUGGAAAUGGGAUGAUUGACUUCCCUGAAUUCCUGAACAUGAUGGCAAGGAAAAUGAAGGAUAUAGAUAGCAAGGAAGAGAUGAGAGAGGCAUUCCAUGCCUUUGACAAGAAUGGGAAUGGCUAUAUCAGUGCUGUGGAGCUUCGUCAUGUGAAGACCAACCUUGGGGAGAAGCUGACCAAUGAGGAGGUGGAUGAGAUGAUCCAAGAGGCAGACAUAGAUGGAGAUGGCCAAGUUAACUAUGAAGAGUUUGUACAGAUGAUAACCACAAAGUGA